GCACCUGAAGGCAGCACCCCCAGUUUAGUCAGUCAGCAGCAGAGAGUCGCAGCCAGUGUGGCAGCUGGGAAUGUGGGGCUUUCAACAGACCGCUAUUUUCAGAGCUGGGAAACCUAGCGGGGCUGGCCAGGAAGACACUUCUCUGCCCGCAACUGUACUUUAGCCAGGACACUGGCUUAACUUGAAGUCCAAACGGGCGACCUGCGUUUUCUGUCCAGGGGAGUCGGUGUUGUCGGACCGCAUCAGAUGGUCAACGGACAGCCGCUGGUGUCUCACUGCGGGGCUGCGUGCUAGAGGGGAACCAGUCGGAGCUAACACUUUACCUUCUGCCUGGUGUGUCCUAAACAAUGCACUAAAGUGUCACUUCUUUAGUAUAAUCUGUAUGUGUCCCGGUGUGAAACGCUUGGUUAAAUGUGUCUGUUUCACCGCUACCAAAGCACUCACACGAACGACGAUGGACUGAAAUCUGCGGCUGGGGCGAGCGACACACAACCUGCCGCGAUUUCCUGCAUGUAAAUAAAUAAAUGAUAGAGGAUACAAUGACCCUGCUGUCUUUACUAGGUCGGAUCAUGCGUUAUUUUCUGCUCAGACCGGAGACCUUGUUCCUCCUGUGUAUCAGCCUGGCUCUGUGGAGUUACUUCUUUCACACGGACGAAGUGAAGACCAUCGUCAAGUCCAGCCGGGACGCGGUCAAGAUGGUCAAGGGGAAAGUGGCGGAGAUGAUGCAGAACGAGCGGUUCGGUGGGCUGGACGUCCUGGACGCGGAGUUCUCCAAGACCUGGGAGUUCAAGAGCAACAACGUGGCCGUGUACUCCAUCCAAGGCCGGCGAGACCACAUGGAGGACAGGUUUGAGGUGCUCACCGACGUCGUCAACAAGAGUCACCCGUCUAUAUUUGGGAUUUUUGAUGGCCAUGGAGGAGAGGCUGCUGCUGACUUUGCCAAGGCCCACCUGCCCGAGGCGCUCCGCCAGCAGCUACUGACCUACGAACGGGAGAGAGAGCGAGACAGGGAAAAAGACAAGGAGAAAGAUGAAAAAAAGGAGAAGGGCGGCCUGUCCUAUCCCUCCAUACUUGAGCAGCAGAUCCUGAAUUUGGACAGGGAAAUGCUGGACAAGCUCUCGGCCACCUUCAAUGAAGCAGGUACUACAUGUCUGGUGGCCCUCCUGUCUGAUAAGGAGUUGAUCGUGGCCAACGUUGGAGACUCGCGCGGAGUUCUUUGCGAUAAAGACGGCAACGCCAUUCCUCUGUCACAUGACCACAAACCUUACCAGCUCAAAGAACGCAAGAGGAUCAAGAAGGCUGGUGGGUUCAUCAGCUUCAACGGCUCGUGGCGUGUCCAGGGCAUCCUGGCCAUGUCCCGUUCUCUGGGCGAUUACCCCCUGAAGAACCUCAACGUGGUUAUUCCUGAUCCUGACAUCAUGUCAUUUGACCUGAACAAGCUGCAGCCGGAGUUCAUGAUCCUGGCGUCGGACGGCCUGUGGGACACCUUCAGCAACGAGGAGGCGGUUCGCUUCAUCAGGGAACGGCUGGACGAGCCUCAUUUUGGGGCCAAGAGCAUCGUCCUCCAGUCCUUCUAUCGCGGUUGCACUGACAACAUCACCGUCAUGGUGGUCAAGUUUAAAGGCAAGCCCAGCGAGCAGUAGGCCACACGUCUGCGACACACAGUAUCUCUAUUAUAUUUGAAUAUAAGUAAGAAUAAGAUAGGCUUAAGAUGAAAGAUUUAAAAAAACUGAGCCCGCAACUUUUUGAGCAAGAACUAUUUCUAUCACUGAUAUUUACAGAAGUUAGCCCUUCAAAGCAUAAAAGUACGUCACGUCCCACCCCUUUUUACUUUUACUGCAGACAAGGUGACACUUCCGAAAACUUCUUUCAUUUAGGCUUAGCAGUUCUUGUGCAGACACCGUAAUGUAAGCUGGGUCACUGUUAUGCAAAUAAACAGAUUUAGAAUUGUGCAACUGUGGGCCCGCUCGUGUGUGUGUGCGCGUGUGUGUGUGCGCGUGUGUGUGUGCGCUGUGUGUGUGUGUGUGUGUGUGUGUGUGUGUGUGUGUGUGUGUGUGUGUGUGUGUGAACCUAGUCAUUGUAGUAAUGGUAGAUUUAAAGUAUACAAGCUGGCAUGGACACUUCCACAUUAUUUCAAAGGUGGUGUCCUUCACUAAAAGUCUGUGUGACCACUAAUUUUUAUAUUUUUAGUCUCUUAACUUUGUGUUUCUACAUCAUUAAAUUGUAAACUGACGUCCACCGAGCAACUGCACUGAAAAGGUUAUUUUUUUCCUGGAUCAAAUACAUAAAAAAUAAUAUUUUUUUCCCUUUACACAUGAACAACACAAAUUUGAAUAUGCAUAUGUUUGUUCAAAGAUCAGCAUUGAUAUUGUACAGCAAUAGAAUGAAUUACAAUGGCCGUAUCACAUUUGCUGAACGUGUGAAUUCUGUGUUUUGUCUCAGAAGUUUAGAUGUUGAAUGUCCUAGUUUACGUAAUAUGAUUGCUUUUAGUUUCUGUGCUGAUAAAGUCUCAUUUAUAUUUUGAUUGUUGAUGAAGUUAAGAUUUUUUUUUAAAGCUUAGACUCUAGUUUGAUCCCCAUCUUAUCUGAAUCAAUGGAACUACUGAUAAUGUAAUAACUGUUGGAUAAUGCAGCCGUUGUCAAACCAAAUAUCACUUUAAAUGUGAUUAAAAUGUAAUACGACUUAAAGCAAUACCUUGUGGUAAUAGUGUUGUAUUAUCUCGCUGGGACUCUGCUAUACCUGCUAAUUAUUACUUUAUAAAGUUUGUCACAAGCCAUCUGAUCAUUUCAAUUUGAAUGUUAAUUGAAACAUGUAAAAAGGUAAUAAAUGAGUUAUCACAUAAAAUGACUUAUAUGAUUGGCAGUUAUGAUUUUAAAAUGACUUAGGGAUUUAGAUAGUAAGCUUUACAACCCUUCUAAUAUGCUUCUUUUUACAUAUUGAUAUACUACUCCUUAUCUGACUGUUCUUACAUUAUCAGUGACUACAAGCUACAUGAGAUAGAAAUGUACUGAAAUUGACAAUUUACUGUUACAAUGUCAUCUGUUAAUGACCUGUAAUCUUCAUCCUGAUAAAGAUCACAUAUCACAUUUCGCUGAAAUAUAUUUAAAAACAUAACAAGCCUAUGAAUGAAAUGCGUUGUUGCCUUAUUUUUUUACUAUUCAUUUUACGAAAUCUGCUGCCAACUACUUCUGGUGGGGUUUUUUUUGUUUUUUUUGAAGUAAUGCAGUCGAUCAUGCCAGGCACACUGCACAACCUCGGUGUCAUACCUCGUUAACUCACAUAUGGAUUAGCAUUGAAAGAAAUGUCUCCAAGAGACAUGAAAUUGUAAGAUGAAUGUACAUACUGUCCUCGUGUUGGUAUCACCCCUCCACUGUUUUUACAGCAACGAAGAAAGCUGUGUACCUGUUCCUGGAUUGUUUAACUUCAGAGAUAUAUAUCAGAUAAAACAGUUUGUGCUUUUUCAUUUCCCAUUCUUCCUUGAUAAUGUACCUUACAAAGUGUUUAUGUGGCAUUUGUACUUGUUUUGUUGACUUUAAUAAACUGUAAAAAAAAAAAAAAAAAAUGUAAUAAUUCUGAAAUUUAAAAAUGUAAAU